AUGCGUGUUACCACUCUUCUCGGUCUCCUUUUCUUCUUGGCCGCCGCCAUGGCCAUCCCCAUCACCACCACUGGCGGCGGCAACGGUCCUCACGGACCUGUUGGUCACAAUGCGACCGACACCCUCCCCCCCGGUCGCAACUCGACCGACGACGAGGUUCCCUUCCCCGGCCACCGGGUGGCCACCCGCAACUUCCCCGGUCGGAACUCGGCCAACCCCUUUCCCGGCCACAAGGUGGCCGAUGCCUUCUUUGGCCCCGGCGGUGACGGCGGUCACCACAACUCGACCCACGAGGCCGACGCCUUCUUCCUCCCUCCCGGUGGCCACAAGGUGGUCGCCGCCCGUGACGCCCUGGCCCCCCGUGGUCGGAACUCGACCCACGUCUUCUUCCCCCCCUCCUCGGGUCAAAACUCGACCUACCCUUUCCUCCCUCCCGACAUCCCCGUCGAGAUCAACGUCGAGGUGGAGAAGGAGGAGGAACCCGUUGUCGUUGAGCGCGGUCAAUAUAUUGACUGCAUCAUGAGCAACCAAUUCUGCACUCCUCACACUCCUCCUCCACCAGCGGAGGAGGAUUGA